GCCAUGGCAGGGAAGGGGGUGAAGCGCGGCGGCAGCUGCUUGCUUCUUCUGCAGUGUGAAUGGGACUCGUGUAGCUAUGUGUGUUCCAGGAUGGAGGAGCUGUGUUCCCAUGUGUCUGAUCACCUCCGAGUCCAGCAAUUGGCCAAUGGAGAGGAACAUGUCACUUGUGAAGAUGAGUUUUGUUGUUUAUGGCAAGGCUGUGGAUUUUUCUCCCUGGAUAGCCCAGAAGAGCUUGUCCGUCAUGUUUAUUUUCACUGUUACCACACCAAGCUAAAGCAAAUGGGACUCCAGGCACUACAGAAUCAGCCAGACCUCAGUCUCUGCCAGCUAGAUACACAGAGCCGAAACAUGAUUCCAGAACUCCAAGACAGCUUCAUAUGUAUGUGGGAGCAGUGUGAGACCUCUUUUGACAAUGCUGAGUGGUACUAUAGACAUGUUGACGCUCAUGGUCUAAGUGCUGAAUAUGAAAUGGCUGGAAAAGAAAAUCGGGUCUUGAUGUGUAUCUGGAAAGACUGUGACUGUUCCUGUAAAAGUAGAUGCAAGCUCCGGGAGCACCUUCGCAGUCACACUCAAGAAAAAGUUGUCUCCUGCCCUAAUUGUGGGGGAAUGUUCUCCAACAACACGAAAUUCUAUGAUCACCUCCGGCGGCAAACAUCCCUAGAUCAACAUAGAUUUCAGUGCACGCAUUGUUCAAAGCGAUUUGCAACAGAAAGGCUGCUGCGAGAUCACAUGCGUAAUCAUGUAAACCAUUAUAAGUGCCCUCUAUGUGAUAUGACAUGCCCACUGCCGUCCACCCUGCGGACUCACAUUCGUUUCAGGCACAGUGAUGAGCGGCCGUUUAAAUGUGAGCAUUGUGACUACAGCUGUAAGAACCUGGUAGACCUAAGAAAACACCUAGACACACACAGUAAGCUGCCGGCAUAUUGUUGUGAAUAUGAAGAAUGUGGCUUUGCUGCUCGAUCUCUGUGUUCUAUCAAAGCUCAUCACAGAAAGGUGCAUGAAGGAAGAGGGGACUCGGCUCCCAGGUACAAAUGUCAUGUAUGUGAGAAGUGCUUCACUCGGGGAAACAACCUCACUGUACACCUACGGAAAAAACAUCAGUUCAAAUGGCCAUCUGGACACCCAAGAUUUAGGUAUAAGGAGCACGAUGAUGGGUUUUUGCGCUUGCAGUUGGUGAGAUAUGAAAGCGUGGAACUUACAGAACAGCUGAUGAAAGAGCGUGAGAGGCAGGGUGCUACAUUGGACGAAGCCUCUGCUUGUCUAGUGCUAAAUCAAGGGGGCAGCACUGGAUCUGAAUCGGUGGAUUUGGAGAAGACUGGGAUGCAGAGGGACUACAGAUACCAGUCACAAUGACGCGUUUACAGAAUAUGCCCCCAACGGAUUGACU